AUGAACGUUCUUGUGUAUAACGGGCCGGGCGUCUCUUCGGACAGCGUCAAGCACUGUCUGGACUCGCUGAGAGCGGUGUUGUCGCCGUACUACGCCGUGGCAUCGGUGGAGCCGCGCGUGCUGCUGUCGCAGCCAUGGCAGAACAAGACGGCCAUGGUGGUUGUUCCUGGGGGAGCUGAUUUAGGGGUGUGUGCCACGCUCAACGGCACGGGCAACAGCCUGAUCCGCAAGUACGUGUCGCGCGGAGGCAAGUUCCUGGGUCUGUGCUCCGGGGGGUACUACGGGUCUGCCAGGUGCGAAUUCGAAACGGGCAACCCAACAAUGGAGGUGACUGGGUCUCGCGAGCUCAAAUUCUUCCCCGGCACCGCCAGAGGCGCUUGUUUUAAAGGGUUCCAGUAUGGAACAGAGGAAGGGGCUCGCGCAGCGAAACUGAAAACCGGUUUCCCCACAAAGUCCCCACUGUACACCUACUACAACGGCGGGGGUGUGUUUGUGGACGCUGACAAGUAUCCCAACACACAGGUGCUGGCCGAGUACGAGGACCCAUUGGAGGUCGAGUGCACCGGUCCACGCGCCGCCGUGGUUCUGUGCUCUGUGGGCGAGGGAAAAGCCCUGCUUUCUGGCGUGCACCCGGAGUACAACCCAAAACUGAUGAACCCAGAGCCAAACUCGCCGUUCGAGCACACGGUGGGGAAAUUGAGAGAAACCAACGAGACCAGAGUCCAGUUCCUGCGCGACUGUCUGUUGCAGCUCGGUCUGAGAGUCAACACUGACCCAGACGCAAUUCCAAGUCUCACCCCACUGGUGCUGUCAUCCCUCCACCCUGAGCCGCUCGCCAAGUUGGUGGCAGACAUGGAGUCCAAGAUCGGCUACCAGGACAAAAACCUCAUGGAUCUCGGCACAGAUACGGUGCGGAUCCACAAGACGCUCGACAGCUUUGUGCAGCAGGACAUGUCCGACCCGGUGACCGCGGUGAAAGACGUUUUCGUGUGCGACAAGUCGCUGCCGCAGUCGUCCCAGACCCCGUACUUUGACAUCCGGCAGUUCCAGCAGGAGCUUGCGGCCGCGUACCAGGAGACCGGGGCCCAUGCCGUUGGCGACCUUGGAGCUGUGUUUGCGUACGCGCAGGUGCUCACGUCGACAAGUUCGCUGAUGAUGCACAACUCGCCGUUCCUGCGGGUGCUUCCCCACGGGUUCAAUAUCCACGGAGGAACCCAGGUGGCUGGCCGUGGACGGUCGGGAAACGUGUGGGUGAACCCACAGGGCGUUUUUGCAACCUCCACUUUCCUCAAGCUCCCACUGGAUGUGCCGAUCGUGCUGAUCCAGUACCUCGGAAGCAUGGCCAUCGUGCAGGCCGUCAACUCGUACGGCCCCGGCUACGACAAGGUGCCUGUGCGACUCAAGUGGCCGAACGAUGUCUACGCUCUGCGCCCGGACUCGUUUGGCCAAAACGGCCUGGAUGCGUACACCAAGGUCGGUGGGGUGCUUGUGGAGACAAGCAUCUUCGACAACCUCUACCACGUUGUGGUGGGGACCGGUCUCAAUAUCUCGAACGAGGGCCCCACCACGGCACUCAACCUUGUCAUCAAGGAACUCAACAAAAGAGAGCACUUGAACCUGGCCCCCAUCACCCCCGAACGGCUGCUGGCCAAGUACCUCUCGAUUUUCAACCUGAUGCUCGAGCGGUUCAAGGUGGACGGCCUGGCUCCGUUCCUGGACCUGUACUACAGACAGUGGCUCCACAGCGGGCAGAACGUGACGCUGGACCAGCACGGUGGGGCUAAGGCCAAGAUUGUGGGGAUCAGCAAGGACUUUGGGCUGCUUGUUGCGCGCGAGACAGACGCGUUCGGCAACUACACCGGACACACGUCGGCGAGUACUGUGGGGAGGUUGGUGAGUACUGUGGGGAAGUUGGUGAAUAUUGUGGUGAUGUUGGUGAGUAGGACGGAGAAGUUGGGGAGUAUUGUGGGGAAGUUGGAGAAUAUGAUGGGGAGGUUGGGGAGUAUGAUGGAGAGGUUGGGGAGUAUGAUGGAGAAGUUGGAGAAUAACUUGGGGAAGUUGGGGAGUAUGAUGGGGAGCACCAGUGUCGUUUCUGUUGAAACCGUGUCUCGAGAUGGCAACCAGAUGACCUCUGUAGGUCAUAAGGUCAACCAACAAAGCCAGAUGUCUGUAAUUGACGUAAGAACCAUCGAACGCAAUAACGUUCAGAAUCUCCUUGUACAACGCACUUCUGGCAGCCUCGAUACCAAGCACAAACAGAAUCUCAACAAACGAGUUAGAAUAGGUUCUGGUAGUGUCGACACCAUCAACAGCCAACACAUCGGCAAGGUUGACACCGUCGGUUUCCAAAACCCACUCCUCCUUCUUGGCGAAAUCUCCAGUCUCGUCGAUAGCCUUCUCUUCACGAACAAUUCUACAUCUGAUCACAAGCUUCUCAGCAUUGUCUUCAGACCAGAUGACGAACAGAUCGUCUCCAAAGUUCUCCAUGAUUUGGGUUGCAACUUGACUCAUGGUCAACUGCUUAUCCAACAUCUUGGCUCUGUCAAGCUCCAAUCUCAGAAGCCAUGGAGACUGCUUGUGAAGGUUCUCUUCCACCUUCUCAUCAGGAAUAGCAAAGUAUGCCUCCACAGUGUCGAUAUCGUCUUCAACAACAGUGCUCCGUGGAUCUGGAUCGUAGAAGAUCUCCACAGUCAAAGCCGGAGUCUUGACGUUCUUUGCCACGUUCAAAAUCUCCUUCAGUCUAGGAACACCCAAUGUGACGUUCUUCGAAGACACACCAGCAUAGUGGAAUGUGUUCAACGUCAUCUGGGUAGCCGGCUCUCCGAUCGAUUGGGCAGCAAUGACACCAACCAUCUCACCAGGGUUGAUCAAAGACUUCAAGAACUGUUGCUCAAUAUCCUUUCUAAGGUACUCUCUGUCUGCAAGAAGUUGCUCAAACUCCUCAUCCAAGUACUUUUGAAUUUCAAUGUCACCAAUGAUCUCUGUGCCAUACUCAACCAAAUCAGGACGAAUAGAAGUCUCGACAUUCAUCAAGUCAACGCGGUACUUCUUCUCGAAUGCCUCGUUGGAUCCAGGAAUCGUGUCCACAGUUUGCUUCUCGACCUGUGUACCGUCAAUUCCGUCUUCACCAUAGAUGAACUGGAUGAUAUCUCCCAAAGAGUUUCUGGUUGUACCAUCGUAGUGAACCAUGAUAUCUUCAAGAGCCUUCAGCAAACGACGCUGAAUGUAUCCAGUCUCGGCAGUCUUGACAGCAGUAUCGAUCAAACCUUCUCUACCUGCCAUCGCGUGGAAGAAGAACUCUUGAGGAGUCAACCCUCUCAAAUAAGAGUUCUCAACAAAACCCUUCGAUUCGGCAGAGUAGUCAUCCUUAGUGAAGUGAGGCAGAGAACGAUCAGCGAAACCGAAAUUGAUACGCUUACCUUCCACGAUUUGUUGACCCACACAGGCAGACAUUUGGGAAAUGUUAAUAUAAGAACCUUUAGAACCAGCAGUCACCAUCUGUUUGACGUUAUUGGAGUCUUUCAACGAGGUUUCAGCAGAUUUACCAGCAGAGUCUCUGGCUUCAUUCAAUAA